GCUCCGAACGGCUCCGAACGGCUCCGAACGGCUCCGAACGGCUCCGAACGUCGGGCCUGCUGGACGCCGAGCUCCUCAAGGCCUGCCAAGGUGGCGCCAUGUUUCUGUCCUCGUCCCUGAGGGCCGGGGCGUCCGGCCUGUCCCUCCUGUCCGGCAUGUCCGGCCUGUGCGGCCUGUCCGCCUUUUGGGGAAGACAGACAAGAUAUUUACACACAACUGUUGUGCGUAAAGGAGCUGGUGGUGCCUUAUUUGUGCACAGAGAUACUCCUGAGAAUAACCCAGAUACUCCAUUUGACUUUACACCAGAAAACUAUAAGAGAAUAGAGGCAAUAGUGAAGAACUAUCCCGAGGGACACAAAGCGGCAGCUGUGCUUCCAGUUCUAGAUUUGGCUCAGAGACAGAAUGGAUGGCUGCCCAUCUCCGCUAUGAACAAGGUGGCAGAAGUUUUAGGAGUGCCUCCAAUGAGAGUAUAUGAAGUAGCAACUUUCUACACAAUGUAUAAUCGAAAGCCUGUUGGAAAGUAUCACAUUCAAGUGUGCACAACUACACCAUGCAUGCUGCGAGAUUCUGACAGCAUAUUAGAGGCUCUUCAGAAGAAGCUUGGUAUAAAAGUUGGGGAAACGACACCUGACAAGCUUUUCACACUGAUAGAAGUGGAAUGUUUAGGUGCCUGUGUAAAUGCACCAAUGGUUCAAAUAAAUGAUAAUUACUAUGAAGAUCUGACACCCAAGGAUAUUGAAGAUAUCAUUGAUGAGCUGAAGGCUGGCAAAGUCCCAAAACCUGGACCAAGGAGUGGCCGCUUUUCCUGCGAACCGGCUGGAGGCCUCACUUCUUUGGCUGAGCCCCCCAAAGGACCGGGAUUUGGGAUUCAAGCGGGGCUCUGAGUAACUGUGGUAUUUGUUAAGUGUAAAAGCUCGUUACCGGUGAAAACAUCUCCCAGUACACUUAAUAAAACAUAUUUACCCACCUC